CGCACUGCUAUGCUCCCCCAUUGACUAUCAAAAUGUAAGGCAAGGUGUAAAUUCUGUGUCACGUGGUUCCGAAACCUGCCUAUAACGCGUGUUUAAGUGUAUUCGAUUUGAUACUGUUUGAUAUCGGUUCCUGCGGUGUUCUCAGGUUCCGUACUCACAGCUUAGCCAUGGCUUCUGCCUGCAUGAUUAUACAGAGGAGUAUCACGACAAGCUGUGUCUGUCACGGGAAGCGUAACUUUCGGAAAUUCCUUUUAUAUAACAAGCGUGGUACCAAAAAAUUCAAGGAACAACAGGCGAUAAAACCGCAUCCGCAAAUUCCUAUUGACCGUCGUGGAGUACGACUCACUGGCUACUAUCUUGGGGAAAAAUGGGUCGAAGUGCCUGAAAUGAUACCUGAGAUAAUUGUCCCAUCGCUGGAAGGCUUUAAUCUUAAACCUUAUGUAGCUUAUCACAUCUCUGAAGUACAGCAGUCAGAAUUCACCCCUAAAGACUUGUUCGAUGCAGUGUAUUCGAAAAAAAUUACCGACGAUUUCCGGAAUAAAAAACUGGCUGAAGAUGGUAGCCCCUUAAAUCCUAGUGACAAUGAAAAACUAACUGCCGAGGAGGCCAAGCUAUUGGCCGGGAAGACUGGCUGUGAUCUUUUUGGUGAUUAAAUCUUUUACUCCCCAUGUAUUGUAUAACCUAGUUUUAUCAUAUUCGUAGUUUUGUAGAUUUAUCACGUUCUGCCAGAUAUACGUGAAGAUGUGUUAAGAUAAAUGAGUUCUUAUUAUACCAGAGCCGCUAUUGUUUUUCCGAUCACAUAGAGAAACUAGAUUCUCACAUAUGUGAAAAUAAACACGUUAAACCUCA